CAUUACAUUAUGAUGAGCGUAAUGAGGUUAUUUUAGGAAAAAGAAAGAAAAUACUGUUUAGAAAAAUAAAAUGUUUUCCUUAUAACGUGCAAUGGACUAUAUAAUUUUCUUGGAAUAGGAAUAUACGUGUUACCAUUUAGAAUGUUUAGACAGUUUAUACGAGCUUUAGAACCGGUCAAGAACAGACUGACACGAGCCGUUGCUGGUUCGAGCAAUGGAGCAGCAAAAAGCGAUAGUAACAACUUUGCACGUAACAGCCAGACGAAGGAACAAAAACUAUCAAGCACAUUAAAGAAUUCCCUACCAGGGAUCACAUACAUCAGUAUAGAAGAUAUAUCAGGAGGAUGCGGUGCCAUGUAUGAGAUCAACAUUGAAGCUAAAGAAUUUAGGGGUCUUUCAACUGUAAAACAGCAUCGCCUAGUCACUGAAAGUUUAAAAAGUGAAAUUGCUGAAAUGCAUGGAAUCCGUAUUCAUACUACACCAACAAAAAUAGAUGAUAAAUAAUAGUCACUGCAGUGAUUCAAAGAAGUAAUUUCCCUAAUUCCCAUGUUAGAAAAUAUUAGUGAUACUAAAAGAUAUUUUGUUGCUAAUAAAACUUUUCUAGUUGUGUUGUUACUUUAGAAUAACUUACUAUAAUUUCACCCUA